AUGCCCCGAAUUUGGAACAAGGUAAUUGGAGAGACUUGUGCUGCUUUACCUUUGGAGCAGCUCGCCUCAUUGGACGUUUCUGCAAGCCAGAUGACAGAACAAAUGUGGUUGAGGAGGUUUGGGAAGCUUACACAUCUUAGAUCAAUAUGUGCACAAGGAAUGGCCAUACACAUGCUUCUCUCAGCCAUGAUUGCUGAGCCUGGUAUAACCACCAGUGCAAGUGUGCCUACAAAUUCAUUGACACAGAAUCACUCAUGCAAUCAGAGAAAGAUGCCACCCACAGUCUACUUUCCCUCCCUGCACCAUCUUACAAUUGAAGACACAAGUUUUGAUAUAGAUUAUGAUCACGAAUCAGCUGAGUUGGAGGGUUUGAAGGACUGCCUGAUGGAACAUAAUGAGAGGAAGGCUGAAGUGCGCAAGCUGACGCUUUCUCAAUGCCAUCGUCUGACGGCAGAGCAUGUUGACAAACUUGAAGAAAUUGUUGUUGAUGUGAUCAAAUGGUGUUAUGUUCCUCCCAACAAAUUGCAAAUAUUUCAGGUUGGGACUAGGCAGACUCCAGCUCUGCAGCAGCACAGCAUGUAUCCCUUCUUUCCCCAUUUCAAUCUGCAUAUCAUCAUGAUGUGUAUGAACAGAUCUCGCUUCAUCUCCCAGAUUGCCAAGGGGGCAUUAUUAUGUGGUGCCUACGGGUACCUAUACUGUACCAUUUCGAUCAAUUCGGCAGUCACAUGA